AUGACAAUAGAAGUUAUUCUUGGUGUUUCUCCAGAAACUAUAAGAUAUCUCAUUGCUAGAGGUAUUGAUGCCAAUGGUCAAUCAAUUAUUGUUGAAAUUGAUGAAAGCAAAUUUGAAAAGAAGAAAUAUCACCGAGGACAUCAAGUAGAAGGUGUUUGGGUUCUGGGAGUUCCUCACAGAGAUGCUACAACUCUUCUUCAAGUGAUAAAGAAGUUCUCUAAUAAUCGGCCUUGGAUAGUUGGCAUUUGGUCUGGGCAUUUGAUCCAGACAUUUGACAUUGGGUCUUUGUUUUGCAUUCUCGGUUUUGGGUUCUUGAUUUUGGGUACUGCGAUUCUACUUUGA